AAACGAAUUGUGCUUUUGUCUUUUGGCCAGCCGCUCUCGGCCUGCAAUCGAAAUGAUGUUAGUGGGAUCAGUCGGAGACAUGAAAAGUGGCCAUAAAAAACCAGAUCCAGUUUAGGUUCUUCGGGGUAGAACAGAAUCCCAACAAAAAGACCCAGGGAGCGAAACGACUUCGAUUUGGAGCGAAAGGACUGGGGGCGAAAAGAUCAGGGAGCGAAACAACGGCAAUUCGCAGGCAAACCCGGAAGUAAAGUUUUGAUGAGGGAAGGUCCAAUUUACAUGUAAUUGGACUUCCCUACAAUAAAGUGACAGAAUGGCAGAAUCUGAGGUUGCAAUGAAAGCUCCAACGGAGAAGAUAACAUUACUUGAUGUCAUGCAGAAUGUUGAAGCACUCGACAGCCUCCUCUUACCCGACCAGCAACCAUGUAUCGAGGCAGCGUCCGUACCCAUAUCUUACCAAGCAAACAUGGACACCAACUUUGAAGACCGCACUGCGUUUGUGACAGGGGUUGCAAGGUACAUUGAAGAGGCUACUGUGCAUGCAGAAUUGGCGAAUUUCCAUGAGACUAUAGAACAGAGGUUUAUUCUUAAUACGAAACUUGAAGACGGCCAAAGUUAUGCGGCAAUGUUGUAUACCUGGAGAUGCUCCUCUCGGGCUUUACCUCAGGUGAAAUCGAAUGAACAAACAAACCGAGUGGAGAUCAAUGAAAAGAUUGUGGAAGUGCUGCAGCCGCACAUCCAGAAACUCACCAACCUCAUGUACUUUCAGAAAAAAGCCAUUGAGACAUUUUGCGGUGAGGUGAAGCGACUAAGUCAUGAGAAGAAAAAGAAUGACUUUGUUUCCGAAGCUUAUCUGCUGACCUUGGGCAAGUUUCUCAACAUGUUUGCAGUCUUGGAUGAACUGAAGAAUAUGAAAGCCAGUAUCAACAAUGACAAUGCUGCUUACAGACGCGCGGCCAUGUUCCUUGGUCUCAUAAAUGACCCCGAGCGGAUGCAAGAGUCACAGGCCCUGGGAAUGUUCCUAGCUACUCACAACCAGAUACGCAACACCCUGAAAGAGGGGCUGGAGAAGAUACCGAAUUAUGAGGACUUGUUGAUUGAGAUCAUUAACCUUUGUGUUAAUAUGUUUGACACCAAGUUGUAUGUGCUUCCUGAAGAAAAGCAUAUGUUAGUGAAGGUGAUUGGUAUAUGUCUGUUUCUGAUGGACAGUGGCACCAAGGAGGUCAACAUUUAUAAGUUUGACUCCAAGAGAAGAAUCAACCUUUCAAAAAUUGACAAGAUUUUCAAGCAACUUGAGGUUGUGCCUCUCUACGGAGACAUGCAAAUCGCUCCUUUUCGCUAUGUCAGCCAAAGUCCACACUACGAGUCCGGAAAAUGGCCUCACUGCAGCUCAAGUUCUGCGAGUUCCCAGGGCAGUCUUCUUGACCGUCUGCAAAGCAUAAGAGAGGAGCACAUUCACUACAUCACCAAGCUCGCCCAGCAUAGUAAUGAGCAGUCGACGGCCCGCCAUGACAAAGUCAAAUCUGAUGCGGAAAAUAGGGACCUCUAUGAACUUGCCCUUCGUGGGUUGAACAAUCUCUCAAAGUGGACACUCCAUAUCAUUGAAGUUUGUUCAUGGCGAUUGAAUCAUCCUACAGACACGCAUCAGAACAAAGCGUGUCCACCUGAGGCAGAAGAUUAUGAAAAGGCCACCAAGUACAACUACAGCAGUGCUGAGAAGUUCGCCCUGGUUGAAGUGAUUGCCAUGAUAAAAGGUCUCCAGGUUUUGAUGCACGGAAUGGAAGCAACAUUCAUGGAGGCGAUUAAGCGUACCAUCUUCACGGAGUUGCAGACACUGGUUCAGGUGAAGCUGCGAGAUGUGUUGAGGAAGUCAGUCAAGAAACAGAAGCAGUUAGUGACAAUAAUCAUCACAUCUGUGCGGGAUACUUGUGCAGAUUGGCUGAGGGGCCAAGAACCAGCGGAUGAUCCUGCUUUAAAGGGAAAGAAAGACCCUUCUCAAGGCUACAACAUCAAGGUCCCGAGGAGAAGGGUGGGCCCUUCGAGUACACAGCUGUACAUGGUGCGGACCAUGCUGGAGUCACUGAUUGACAAAAAUGCUGUCAAGGGAACACUGAAGAACACCUUGGAUACAGGAUCAUUCACGGCAAUCGACAAUUUUCACAAGCUGUCAUUUUUCUGGCCAUACUUGCUCAACUUUGACAAAACACUUGAAAAGUGCUGUGAUCUGUCUCAACUCUGGUUCAGAGAAUAUUACCUUGAGAUGACAAUGGGGAAACGCAUCCAGUUCCCUAUCGGGAUGUCUCUGCCCUGGAUCCCAAUCGAGCACAUUUUGAACACCAAGAACGCCUCAAUGAUGGAGUCCAUUCUGUACCCAUUUGACCUUUACAAUGACAGCGCGUCGUAUGCCCUGAAGGUCUUCAAGAGCCAGUUUUUGUACGAUGAAGUUGAGGCUGAGGUGAAUCUAUGUUUUGCACAGUUUGUGUACAAGCUCAGUGAUCAGAUCUUCACACACUUCAAACAUGUGGCGGGAAGCAUCUUACUCGAAAGAAAUAUGAGAGAAGAAUGUAAGAAGGUGGAGAAGUCACAUCUGAAACUCAACAAAUACGAUACAUUGCUGAAGCAAAGGCAUAUUCAGCUCUUGGGUCGAAUGCUUGACUUGAAUCAUUUGAUCUCUCAACGCGUCAUCACCUCACUCCAAAAGUCAAUAGAUGUGGCCAUCAGUCGGUUUGAGUCUGGAUCGCUGAUGGGAAUCAUUGAAUUGGAAGGUUUGAUUGAAUGUAACCGCCUGACCCACAGUCUGCUGUGCAAACACCUCGAGCUAAAUGACUUUGACGCCAUGUUGAAAGAGGCCAAUCAUAGCGUGUCAGCGCCAUAUGGAAGGAUCACUCUUCACGUCUUCUGGGAGCUCAACUUCGACUUUAUCGUAAACUUUUGCUACGACAUGGCAACAAACAGGUUUAUUAAGACAGACGUGCCGUUGACAAAGGAGUUGGAGCAUGAUGACCCCCCACAGGUGGGAUCACAGUAUGUUUGGGGGUCAAAGGAGAUGAACCGUGCAUUCAAGAAUAUAUACAGUGUCUAUCAGAAGUUUUUUGGGUCACCCCAUAUGAGGUCACUGUGUCACCUGCUUGGGUACCAAGAUAUUGCUCUCCUUCUUGAACAGCUUAUCCAGGUCGUCAAGAGUCUGACUGCAGGUACUCUUCAGCCAUAUAUUCAAACUCUACAGAAGGUCAUGCCGAAGGGAGCCCAGUUUAAGACACCAAGGUUUGAUUAUGGAUCAGAUGGGGCAUUGGAAUUCUACCUCCACCACCUGAAAGACGUCAUGAUGUAUCCAGAGCUCAAGACGGAGGUGUUCCAAGUAUUUAACGAGAUUGGCAACAUCAUUCUCUUCUGUCUCCUUGUUGAACAGACUCUGAGUCUUGAAGAGAGUAAUGAUCUGAAGCAAGCUGCACCAUUCCAAAAAAACAUUCCAACACCGCACAUGCCGAGCAAGUCGAGUGAUGAUCAGGUAGAAAAGGAAAAACGGUUGGCUGCUAGAAUGGAGAAACUGGAGAAAGAGUAUGCAGCUCUGAAUAUUGUACCUAUCAUAAGCAAGAAUGGGACACCCAAGCAAGCUGAAACAGUGGUACAGGGCGACCUUCUGACAAGGGAACGAUUAUGCUGUGGCCUGUCAAUGUUUGAAGUCAUCCUCUCUCGCAUCAAGACGUUUCUUGUUGGCCCUCUGUGGCAAGGAAAUGAACCAGCAAAUGGCGUCAUGAAUAUAGAUGAUACAUCAGAGUUUCAUCGUCUGUGGAGUGCGUUGCAAUUCGUGUACUGCCUCCCUGUAUCAAACACAGAAUACACUAUUGAACAGAUGUUUGGUGAAGGUCUCCAGGUUGCAGGCUGCACCUUAAUCACCCUCCUUGGACAGCAGAGACGGUUCGAAGCAUUUGACUUCACUUACCACAUUCUGAAGGCUCACAGACUGGAUCAGAAGGAUGACCGACGUAUUAGGGGAAUAGAUCUGAAGAAGAUGGUGGAUCGGAUAAGGCGUUUCCAGAUCUUAAACCAACAGAUCUUCACAGUUCUCAACAAGUACCUGAAAGUCGGAGAGGUCGACACGCCCAUCGAGCAUGUCAGAUGCUUCCUGCCGCCUACCUACUCUGCUGAUCAGAGCACAGUUUAGACGCUUCUCCUUCUGAGAUUUUGUCGUGGAACCUCCCAUUGCAGACACCCUAAUGAUGCAAACUGACAUUGUAGUCAGGAUGCUAGAGACGAAUGAUAUAGCUUUGUAAGUGGAAUAUCAGUGAUUUCACAAAAUGAGAGACUGUGUUGGAUAAAAGCGUAAUGUGGAAUAUCUUUGUGUUUUUGAAGUGAAGAUCUAUGGAAAGGGCUUGGGGGGAUUAGAACGCUACUAAUGACUGUCGUAACGAGGUGCUUUGUAUUCAGUAUUUAUAUGAAUUUGUAGAUGAUAAUGCAUGUACAAGUAGAACCAGAUUUAUUUAUUCAGGGACAGAAACUUUGUUGACGCUAUUUAACCAGUCAUGGGACACCUGCACAAGAGGCCUGUGGUACUCGUACCGGUAAUAGGCCCAUGGAAAACAGAUGCACCAAACCCGCCUAAAUAGCGUCUCCACAGUAUUUGGUUGUGAUAUGCUCAGUUGAUAUUUAUACAGACAUAUUUUAUCAUGUUUUGUACUUAAUUAUAUCAAUACCUAAUAUUGAUUUUGUUCAGACAAUGUUUUGGUUGAGUGUAAGAAGCUUGGUGUUAAAACUGUUGUGAUAGAAUUCGCUACAAAAAACAAAAUUAAAAAUUGACUUUGACUUUGAGAAUUUCAAAUUAUAAAACUGGGCAAUUCAUUUUACCGGGAUAAUCAUGGUAAAUAACUUUCAAAUGUUUUAUAAUGCUUUUCUAAAUUGCAUGUAGUUUAUUGACAUGUUGCUGUUUUUGGAUAAAUUUUAUAGAUAGGGUUUAUUAUAUUGGAUGAUUAAUUCCAUUACGAGUUCAUGUAGUCCAAAUAGGUGAUCCAAGUAGAAUCACUACACCUUUAUAUACAAGGGUGUAAUUCAUAUUGCAUACUCUUAUGCCAAAGCAUUCCAUGUAAUUGGAGACUGUGUCUAUGUGAUUAAGCCAGUUUAGGCGAGUCUGUUAGAGGCCCAUGACAAAAAAAUAGCCUUUGUACAGGCUCUCAUCAACCGGCUUAAUUGUAUUGACAGGGUAUAUGCAGGUUGACAGUUAUGUAAUCAAACAAGCUAAAUAGGCAUUGCACGUGGAGACAUUCCAUGAUAAUUUUCUUUCCAUACAAUUUUCUAUGCUCUUGUCUGGAUCUUCUUCCAGGUUUCACCAUUUUCUCUUUGAAGGCAUUCCAUUAUUAUUUUCUUGAAAUGAUAUGAAGAGUCCCGAAAUCCACCAAAAUAAAAGGGCCGUGAAAAUUUGGCAGUUAAGAGUAAAUUGUAAUUGCAGUAUACUUCAUAUCCAAGAACUUACUCAAAUCUUGUGCACAUGGGUCUACAUGUAAGACAGUCUUAAAGGGCAAAGUAACUUAAUGAAAAGUUCUUGAGUAGGCCUAUGUACAUCCAAUCGAGAUAAUCUCGACUACUUACGGUGUUGUAUCAACAGAAUGGUCAGUAUAUUUAAGAUUAUACAAUGUAGCUUCUACAUACAUGUAUACUUGGUUGUUCCACCAGCACUCAAUAAAUGCAACAACAGCUUUUGAAACAUAAA